GCAGCGAUUUCGACGCGCACGAGAAAAUUAUUUAAUUCACGCUGUGCAACACCACCAUUUUUAUCAUGGGUCUCAAGCGUCUUGCAAAGCAGGCAAAGAUCACGAGCAAGCAGAUGCUCUUCCUGCCGCGGCGUGAGCCAUACAAGCCCGUCACGUGCGACCGAGUGAUGAUUGAAAACCGUCGGCGCCUCGAGGAGUUUGAGGCGAAGAAUGCUGAAGGAGUUGUUUUCGUGCCGGACACGGCGCUGCCGCCGUGGCAGCGGUCCGUCGCGACCAACUUGAAGAAGCAAGCGACCCAGAUGAACUUCCGUGGGUUUCGCGUGCGCGUGGCGGACCGGCAGGACGAGCCAGGUUUUCCCACACAUUUCCGCUGA